AAGACAUAAGUUAAAUGACUAGUGAAAUGCUUGGCAUUGUGAAGAACAGUUGAUGCAUUUGCCUUGCUAGCUGUAGCUAACGUAGCAGGACGAGCUGCUAAGCUAAUUUGUACGUUAGCUAGCUGUAGCAGAGCCCGUGCAAAAUUCCAUAUCGUUAGCUUCUUUUUGUAAGCAAACCACAAAGUUUCUGUGAUGAUUGAAUCUGUUUUGCUAGCCACUUGGUAGCAGCGUUAUGUGUUGAAUGUUGACUUCUGUUUAACCAAUGUGUUAAUUUCGUCAUUACAUAAGUGUGAUACACUGGUAUAUGGGUCUGCCUGGAGUUGAUCAGAUAGAUUUCUACUUUAGCACCAAGUAUCCACUUAUUUUUGGAAACUGACAGUCUUAGCAGCUAGUAACACCCGGAGCUGGUUUCUGAAGACGACGUGAGCUGUCAGUCUUUCCAAACACCAACAGACACACACCCGGCACGUCCGAUGUUGACAGAAAGCAGGAAGCGGAGGCGAAGCUGUGACAGUGAAGAGGUCCAGGUCGUCCACCAGGCCAAGAGGCCCAGUGGCGGCAAUGCCCUCCUGCCAGAGCUGGGCCGAGACGCCUGGGACUCCGAGUCGUCCAGCAGCGAUAGCAGCGGCAUCAGCAGCCCGGAGCGUCUGCUCGCGGCGGGGGUGAACGGCAUGAGCAGCAGCGCCAGCGGGCUGAUGGCGGCGGCAGCGGUGGCGGUAGCCGAUGGCGGCCGAGGGGCGAACUUCAUCACCCAUGGUCCCUGCAGCCCGGCCGGCUCCUCCAGUGCUGGCGACGAGCCACAGCUGUGCUACAACCAGAUCAACCGGAUCCUGCGCGAGGCCCACUUCGCCAGCCUGAAGACCAGGGCUCACCCGGGGGGUCCCACAUGACAUGACCCACCCUAGAGGCCAAUCCCACCCCCAUCCUUCUCCUCCUCCCCAAAUUCCUAUCAUCCCUUCCUCCUUUUAUUCCAACUUCGUUUAAAACAAAAAAACAAAAAAAAAGCAGCCACCACCCUGACAUGAACACAUCCUCCACCACCACCACAUUUAUCUCAGAUAUUCCUCCCCCACUCCAGUCGACUACUCUUGGGCACAAGCUGUGGCCAGUUUCCCCCCUACACACCCCCAACUCCUCCCCUUAGGACCAUCUGGAAGGGACAUCAUGGGCACUUCUCUACCUUCACCCUGACCACCACUACCACAUCCAAUACAACCUGCUGUACACACACGCACACACAACCCCGCACACACACAACCCCUUCCUUGUAUUUGUGUGUGUGUGUGUGUUUUGGAGUGAGAGUGAAUGAGUGCGCUGACUACCUUUUUGUGGCUUGACUACUUUGUGUCCUCCCCCACCUCUGCCCACUCCCUCCCCGUUUUAUCUCCCCGGCACUUCCUGGAAAGGCUAUUCAAAGAAUGCCCAUAUUUAUAUAUGAGGGGGACAUUUGACUUUUAUUUUGCAUUUGUGUGUGCGAGAGCGCGUGCGUGUAUGUUUAUGUGUAUGCAGGACUUUGUAUCCACUUGGGUGCUACAUAAAAGAACCGUGAAAGAGAAUAACGCUUGCAAUAAUAA